GGAGUCAACCUGUGUAGACCGCUUAUAAAAUCUCACCAACAACAGACCAAAACAUCGAGUUGGACUCACGUCUGCCUACUUUUCCAGUUGAUCACCUUUGACUCUUUGUGGACAUUUUAUUCUUGCGGGUUUUCACUUAUGUCCCGCAAAUCUAGCGAUGACUAUAAUCUACGUAGUAUGAGCAAUCUGAUGGGCGAGAGGAGAAAGCGAGCAUCGGAUGAUGGAGAACGGAGUCUCAUCAAGGCUCCGUCCAGCGCCAGCAUCAGCAGCACCGCGCACACACCCGCCGCGCCCACCGCGGACCUGGAGCGGGCUGCGCGCAAACAGUUCCAGCAGGAUGUCACGCCGAGCUUUGUCUACGUGCUGGCCGUUUUCUCCGCGAUCGGCGGCUUUUUGUUCGGCUAUGACAUGGGGGUGGUUUCCGGAGCGAUGCUUUUGCUUAAGAGGGACAUGAACAUCACUGCCCUAUGGCAGGAGCUGCUCGUGUCCGGGACUGUGGCCGCGGCGGCGGUGUCGGCGCUGCUCGGGGGGUGCCUCAACGGGCUGUUCGGGCGGCGGGUGUGCAUCCUUUUGGCCAGCUUCAUCUUCUCCGUCGGGGGAAUAGUGUUGGGAUCUGCUCCGAAUAAAGAAGCACUGCUGGUUGGACGGCUUAUAGUGGGAAUUGGGCUUGGUAUAGCCUCUAUGACUGUUCCUGUGUACAUCGCUGAAACAUCUCCACCUCAUCUAAGAGGACGACUGGUCACCAUCAACACAUUGUUCAUUACAGCAGGCCAGUUCAUAGCAAGCCUUAUAGACGGUGCCUUCAGCUACAUGCAUCAUGGGGGCUGGAGGUAUAUGUUGGGUCUUUCCGUGGUUCCUGCUAUGAUGCAGUUCCUUGGGUUCCUAUUCUUACCAGAGAGCCCACGCUGGCUCAUCCAAAAGGGUCUUACCCAGAAGGCCAGGCGUGUGCUGAGCCAGAUCCGUGGUAACCAGAACAUAGACGAGGAGUAUGAUACUAUCAAAAGCAGCAUUGAAGAGGAGGAAAAGGACUGUGGAGAAGAGGGCCCGGUGAUCUGGCGCAUGUUGACCUAUCCUCCAGUUCGUCGCGCUCUCAUCGUGGGCUGUGGACUCCAGAUGUUCCAACAGCUUUCCGGCAUCAACACGGUCAUGUAUUAUAGCGCCACUAUUCUGCAGAUGUCCGGAGUUCGAGAUGAAAAGUUGGCCAUCUGGCUAGUGACUGUGACAGCAUUCACCAAUUUCUUGUUUACCUUGCUGGGUGUUUGGUUGGUUGAGCGGGUGGGCAGACGCAGACUUACAUUGGGGAGCAUCUUUGGCACUGUUUUGAGUCUUUGCGUCCUGGCUGUCGGUUUUCUGCUGUCAGCUCAGUAUUCUCCACCUGUCACACAACAUCUGACAGACCCCACAACCCCCAACUCCAGCUGCACAGCUCAUCUGUCAUGUGAACCCUGUAUGUUGGAUCCUAGCUGUGGUUACUGUUAUCAGGAAAACAACACUGCUGUGUUUGCCUCCUCCUGUGUACCAGUCAAUCCGACCUCAACUGAGAGAGCAGCGUGGGGCAGGUGCUCUAACUCAACACAUACGCCGGAUAGUGGCAUAUGGGCUUAUAACUUUUGUCCAACCUCUUACUCAUGGGUUGUGCUUCUGGGACUUGUGCUCUAUAUUGCAUUCUUUGCCCCAGGAAUGGGACCCAUGCCCUGGACGGUUAAUUCUGAAAUUUACCCUCUGUGGGCUAGAAGCACAGGCAAUGCUUGUUCAGCCGGGGUGAACUGGACCUUUAAUGUACUGGUGUCUCUGACGUUCCUCCACAUGGCCCAGUACCUGACUUACUACGGUGCAUUUUUCCUCUAUUCAAGUUUGGCCCUGAUUGGUUUGUUUUUUAUUUACGGCUGUCUCCCCGAGACAAAGGGCCGACGACUUGAGGAGAUCGAGUCAUUGUUUGAAAACAAACUGUGUUCGUGCGGUAUCUCAGAUUCAGAUGAAGAUCGGCAGGUGGAAUACAUCAGGGUUAAAGGGUCAAACUACCACCUAUCGGACAACGAUGCAUCAGAUGUUGAAUAACAGGCAGAAGGGGAUGAGAAGGUAUCGAUUGAACAGCCUCACUUAACCCUGAUGUCAAGUCCGCCCACUGUACUGGUCAGGUUGAGUCUCUCUCAUCCAGACGUCCAUCGUGAUGGCAAGAACAGGGUUGCAGAGCACACAUUAUACACACAAAUACACACAGUGCCAAGCCAGUCGUUAUAAUGUAGUCAGUGUUUUUGCGCUACUGGCAUAUAGUGUUAUACCCUCUGCUUAUUCAUGUAAAAUGACAUGUACAAAUAUCAGUACUAUGCUGAAGGAUAUUGUUUGUUGAAGAACCAAAAUGCUAAUUUUAAAUAAAAAAAAUUGCAUUCUUGAUACUACUGCUUAACACGUUAUCCCCUGAUCAUCAACAACAAUAAGAUAAUGGAAAAUAUUUGCAAAUAUUGAAACUUCAAAAAAUUGUAGCAUACCACGUUGUUUGUUUGUAAUAUGUGAUUUGUAUGAUUCAAAGUUUUCAUUAUGUAAUUUAAGACUUUUAACCUUUAUUACUACUUGGGCCUUCAUAAGCAGUAGGAUCAAAAAUAAUUUACACUAAAAAGUCUUAUGUAGCUUUCUGCAGUUUCCUGUGAUGGUGUUGUGUGGCCUUACAAAAUAUUUUUGCACCUCUUGGUUCAGUUGGUUACUGUUUUUGGACUCAUUUUAAAGGUUUAUGUUUAUUAUUUGACUUUUGAAUUUGUCUUCCUUAUAGCCUAGUGUACAAAAGCCAUCGCAUUGGUCUUGUCCAUAUAGGAUAACUGUUUUGACAAGUACUAUAAUAUCCAAUGUUCUGGUGUGCUACUAUGUAAGUAUCCAAAUAGAGUAAAAAGAAAUCUCUAUGUUGUGGCUUUAGCUUUAUCAAAACCAAGUUGAUAGCUAAUGUGCAACUGAAAAUUGAUGGAUUAAAGGUUUCAGUCUGUUCUGUUCAGUGAUACAUAACUGUGCACAUUAAGAUUUGUGUAUUGUGAGUUUUGUUGCGUUGUCAUUUAAUAUUCUUUAUUGAAAGACUUGUUAGAAAGAAGCACAAAUUAAAAAAAUUAUCUUUUCAGGUUUUAGAGAAAUAAUUCACACAAAAAUGAAAAUUCUGGCUAUAUCAGGUCAUUCUAAACCUGUAGAACUUUGUUUCAUCAUUGGAACACAAAUGCAGGUAUUUUGUCUGAGCUGUUCUUAACAAAAUUCGAUCUUAAAAGAAGAUCAUAUCACUUAUGAGAUCCAUACAGUAGCUUUGUUUGGCUAUCAGAAGGAAAAAAACAUACAGGUUAUGAGAGACGUGAAAAUGUCCAAAUGGUAAUAGAAUUUUCUUGUUUUGUUGUGAAAUAUUCCUGGGAUUAACCAAACCUCCAAAAUAUAACGUUUUAGUUUAACUAGGUCAAAGAAAAGCGAAUAAGUUCCUGAUUGUCUUUGAUGUAAUUUAGAGGUUUAUUGAGCAGUUUCAUGUGUAGCAGAUGUAUUUGAAUUUUUUUAUUGUAUUUGGAAGGUAGUCCAACAUGGACAGCCCUUUGUCACUACCAACACAUCCAAUGUUUGUAGUGUAUGACACAUCUAAUGUAUUUUUGGUAUUUGUAUGUGCAAAAAUUUAAAUGCAGUGUUUUUACCAUUGAUACAAACUAGUGAGGACCAAUGUUGUGUUUGAUUACUGUUGCUGUAAAUGUUGGCUAGAUUUAUAUUCUAUAAAACUAAAUAUAUAAACUUUGAAAACUUGAAUAUGUACUUGGAGAUAAUAAUAAAGAAAUACAAAUA